AUUGGACAUGGAAAGGCAUAUAUAAACUCGCGAAAGAGGGAGCUGUUGUGUCUGUCCGACUGUACGGAUAUGGAGACUCAGUCUUUGCAGGACUUCCAGGAUUUAUGCAAUUUUGAAAGUUUUAAGAGUUUCUGGCACUAUUAUGGUUACGGCGUUGAUCAACAAGAACUGAUCGAUCGGGAAUUUAAACGGAUUAAAGGUGUUACAUACCUUGAUCAUGCAGGGACAACACUAUUUCCUGAAUCUCAGAUUAAAGGAUUUUAUGAUGAUAUAUCCAGGAAUGUUUAUGGCAAUCCUCACAGUCAUAAUCCCAGCAGUAGACUGACACAUGACACUGUGGAAAGUGUCAGAUACAGGAUACUGGAACAUUUUAAUACAUGUCCUGAAGAGUACUCAGUGAUUUUCACAUCAGGAUGUACCGCAGCACUGAAAUUAGUGGCUGACACUUUCCCCUGGAAGGCCGCUUCAAAUGAGGGGCCAGGAAGUCAGUUCUGCUACCUCACUGACAAUCACACCUCUGUGGUGGGCAUUCGCAGUGUGACCUCACUCCAGGGAGUUGGCAGAGUUUCUGUUCUACCUCAUGAAGUGGAAACGAGAGCGAAAAAGCCCCCGACACAGACAAAUGGAGAAGAGGAGUGCUCUGUGCCUCAUCUUUUCUGUUAUCCUGCCCAGAGUAACUUCUCAGGCAGAAAGUAUCCUCUGAGCUAUGUGAAGGGAAUUCAGUCUCAGCAGCUCUAUCCAGCAUGUGAGCACCGUGGUCGAUGGUUUGUUCUGCUCGACGCUGCCUGUUUUGUAAGCUGCUCACCUCUGGAUCUAAGCCAAUAUCCCGCUGAUUUUGUGCCAAUAUCUUUCUACAAAAUGUUCGGCUUCCCAACUGGACUCGGAGCCUUACUGGUGAAGAAUGAGGCUGCUGAGAUCUUAAGAAAAACUUACUUUGGAGGAGGGACAGCAGCGGCUUAUCUUGUAGCUGAGAAUUUUUUUGUACCAAAGCCAAAUGUAGUCAGCAGGUUUGAGGAUGGCACAGUCUCCUUCCUUGACAUAAUUUCUCUCCAUCAUGGCUUUGAAACACUUCGGAAACUUACAGGCAGUAUGCUGAACAUUCAGCUUCACACAUUUGGUUUAGCUCGCUACACCUACAUUGUCCUCUCGUGUCUGUGUCAUGACAAUGGAAAACCUGUGGCACAGAUCCACUGUGAUAACGACUUUCAUAAUAUUGCUGAACAGGGUGCAAUCCUCAACUUUAGCCUUCUGGAUUGUCAUGGACAAACAGUGGGAUAUUCUCAGGUGGACAAAAUGGCCAGUCUCUUCAACAUUCAUAUUCGGACAGGCUGUUUCUGCAACACGGGAGCCUGCCAACAUUAUCUGGCUAUCAGCAACCAAAAUGUGAAGAGUAAUUUGCAUGCUGGUCACAUCUGUGGAGACAACAUUGAUCUGAUUGAGGGACGUCCCACAGGAUCCAUCCGUGUGUCUUUUGGAUACAUGUCUAGUUUUGAGGACUGUCAGAACUUUCUUCGGUUUGUUGUGAACUGUUUUGUGCACAAACCACUAAUCUUGGACCAAGAGAGACUAACCAAGCUCAAGUCAGCUAAACCGAUGGAGUCAGUGGAAUCUUAUGACGUACCAUCAAUACCAAAUGGUCAUCUAGGGCAUGAGAAUGGACAUGUUAACAUUCCUUCACCUGAGAGAAUAACACCAUCUGAAAACACUGUGUCAGAAGAAGGAAAGAACAAUGGCAGUCGCCACACACUAACCAAUCUCUUUAUUUAUCCUGUCAAGUCAUGCGGAUCAUUUGAGGUGACAGAGUGGCCACUGGGACCACAGGGUUUGUUGUAUGACCGUUUGUGGAUGGUUGUGAAUGAGAAUGGAGUUUGUCUGAGCCAGAAAAGGGAGCCAAAGCUGUGUCUCAUCCAUCCUGUCAUCUGUCUGGCCUCUAACACGCUGCAGCUGCAGGUCUCAGGCAUGGAGGCAGUCACUGUUCCCUUGGAGACCAGUCUAGCAAAUUCAGAUCUAAGAACAUCCCAGAGCAAAGUUUGUGGUGACAGGGUACAGACAGUGGAUUGUGGGGAGGAAGUUUCAGCCUGGCUUUCUGAGUUUCUAGGAAAACCUUGUCGUCUUAUAAGACAGAGGCCUGAAUUCCUGCGUGAUAUGAAAUUUGGACGAGGAAAAGCAGGGGACUGUGGCCCCACUGCUCUCUCUCUGGUGAAUGAGGCUCAGUUUCUGCUUAUUAACAGAGCCAGCGUGUCGUUUCUGCAAGAACACAUUGCCAGCAGACAUGAUAGUGAGAAUGAAGGAACAUGGCAUGACAUGGAGCAGCUCAUUCAGCGUUUUAGGGCAAAUCUGGUCAUCUCAGGACAGGAGGCGUUUGCAGAGGACGACUGGUCUCACUUGACAGUAGGAGACACACAGUUUCAGGUGAUUGGGAGAUGUGGCCGCUGUCAGGUGAUUGGAAUUGAUCAAAAAUCAGCCACUAGGACACAGGAACCCCUACGGUCUCUUUCUGAAUGCAGAAGUGGGAAGGUGACUUUUGGUGUUUACUUGGCUCACCAGUCAGCAAGGAACACCACUGCUGUUCCCGUCUUAUCCGUAGGGGCCUGUGUUAUUCCACAAAUUUCAGAAUCUACUGAUAAACCUUAGAAUUUUUUUGUGCUAACAGUCACAUUUUACUUAAAUGAAUGUAUUUUAUGUGAUUUGUAUUAAUAAUAUGUAAAUGUCAAUAUUUAAUACACUUUGAACAGACUGCAUACAUCUUGUGUAUUCACUUUAAAAUAUAUUACUGUUUUGUGUCUUGUAAAUAUGCUCUUUAGCUCUAGGAGCUAAAAAAAUCCACUAUUACAGCAUUUUCUUAGAUAACACGUCAUGUUAGACUUUCAUCACUGUUGUGAUUUCUUGAGGAAGUACACAUUUUCUUCUACUGAACAUUUCCUCAAUAUAAUUAUCAUACAAUCUCCUUGCAGAGGAUGUAGCAAUGAUUGCCUAUUUAAAAUAGGCCUGAAAUGGAUGUGGUCUGUCACAUGUUUAGCAAAUAUUUAAACUAAUUAAUCACCGCCAUAGGGUACAUGUAGGAAGUAACGCUGUGAAAUUAUGUAAAGAGGAAAUAACAAUGGCACAUAGUCAAAGAAACACUGGACUGGAGAAAAAAAGGAUCAUCAAAAAUGCUGAAAAUGUUUUUACACAACUUUUUUUUAACACUGAUAAUGAAUGAUUUCUUAAGGAUCAUGUGACACUGAUAAUUGGAGUAAUGAUGUGCACACACACACACACACACAUUAUAUAUACACUGCCAGUCAAACGUUUUUUAAAAAAGUAACAUUUUUAAUAUUUUUAAAGUCUCUUCUGCUCACCAGCCCUGCAUUUAUAGGAUGCAAAGUACAGCAAAAAAUUGAAAUAUUGUACUAUUUAAAAUAACUGCUUUUUCAUUUGAAUAUAUUUGAAAAUGUUAUUUAUCCCUGUGAUUACAACGUUGAAUUUUUAGCAUCAUUACUCCAGUCACAUGAUCCUUCAGAAAUCAUUCUAAUAUUCUGAUUUGCUGCUCAUUUAUUAUAAUUAAUAUUAUUAUUAUGUUGUUGUAGCUGAGUAGAUUUUUUCAUCAGGUUUCUUUGAUGAAUAAAAAGUUUAGAAAAUCAGCAUCUGAAAUGGAAAUCUUUUGUAACAUUAUAAAUCUCUUUAUCAUCACUUUUGAUCAAUUUAAAGCAUCCUUGCUAAAGAAAAGUAUUAAUUUCUAUAAUUUCUCCCCUACUGACUCCAAGCUUUUGAAUGGUAAAGUGUAUAAUGUUACAAAAGCUUUUUAUUUCAGAUAAAUGCUGAUCUUUGGAUCUUUUUAUUCAUCAAAGAAUCCUAAAAAAUGUACUCAACUGUUUUAAAUAUUGAUAAUAAUAAUAAUAAUGUUUCUUGAGCAGCAAAUCAUCAUAUGAUUUCUGAAGGUUCAUGUGACAAUGAAGACUGGAGUAAUGAUGAUAAAAUUUAGCUUUGAUCACAGGAAUAUUUACAGAGUUUUUCUUGUGUUAUCUAAUUUAGUAAAAUGUGUCGUUCAUCAGUUAAUAAUGUAGAAAGGGUACGCACAAUAAGCAAGGCUUCAGCCUACACCUUUUUCGCUAACUUGAAAUAUUGUUUUU